GUGUUAUGUGUUUUGUUCCAGGAGGAGGAGAGUAGCCGCUUGGUGCGGACCUACCCCAAGAUGACUGAGGGCCACGUGGAUGUGGGCACGCAGACGGAGCCCGUGGUGGUGCUAUCUCUGGCUCAGGCUGCUGUUCUCGGCCUCAUCUCCCAGAAUGAAAUCUUUGGGGCCACCAUAGCUCCAAAUGGCUUUUACACAGGGGAGCCCAGAGAGUGUCCUCCUCCUCCACCUGAGGCAAUGGAGUAUGAGUACGCUGAUCAGCUAAUAGGGGCCAACGGAGACUACCUGGCUGAGCCUUCUGGGGAGCCAGAGCCUCAGCCCCACUGCAGUGAGAGAAGGCGGCCGGGGCCCCGUGGGAGAACCAAGAGGCCCAGGAGUGAGGAGGGUCACCCACACAAAGUAGCAAGUCCACAGGCUCAGGUUAAAGGUGAACGGCUUGACUCUGAUAGCCCUCCGUCUUGCAUUCACAUGAACAGCAGGCAAAGUCCCGGCAAGUCAGAGGAUCCAGUCACUCAACAAGGUCCUCUGAAAGAGGAGCAGGCCUGCGGAAACUGUCCCUCAUGUGUGAGAGACACACCCAGGCCACAAACAGACGGACAGCCAGAACAGGAAGAAGAAAACACUGGUAGAGAAAGAGAGAGGAAGGAAGAAGAGUUGGUGGUAGAGGAAGAAGAGGAGGAGGAGGCGCUAAACCUCAAGACCAGUGGCGACACUGGCAGUCCUCUGGAGAACCGCUAUUACGAGUCCAACGAGGUGGCCUACGAGUCCGCUGACAUGGCCCUGCCAGGAGAAUAUGAGGAGAACGGCCAGGCCAUGCUGUGGUCAGACCCAGAGGGCCUCGCCAGACGAAUGCAGAUUGACCGGUUGGACAUCAACGUACAGAUCGAUGAGUCUUACUGCGUAGAUGUGGGCGAGGGUCUGAAACGCUGGAAGUGUCGCAUGUGCGAGAAGUCAUACACAUCCAAAUACAACCUCGUCACUCAUAUCCUGGGCCAUAAUGGAAUAAAGCCCCAUGAAUGUCUACACUGUGGGAAGCUCUUCAAGCAGCCGAGCCACCUCCAGACUCACCUGCUCACCCACCAGGGCACCAGACCUCACAAGUGCACCGUUUGUGAGAAGGCCUUCACGCAGACCAGCCACUUGAAGAGGCACAUGCUGCAGCACUCAGACGUCAAACCAUACAGCUGCCGCUUCUGCGGUCGCGGCUUCGCCUACCCCAGCGAACUGAGGACCCACGAGAACAAACACGAGAACGGCCAGUGCCAUGUCUGCACCCAGUGCGGCCUCGAGUUCCCAACCUACGCGCACCUGAAGCGCCACCUGGCCAGCCACCAGGGCCCGACCACGUACCAGUGCACGGAGUGCCACAAGUCCUUCGCCUACCGCAGCCAGCUGCAGAACCACUUGAUGAAGCACCAGAACGUGCGGCCCUACGUCUGCCCCGAGUGCGGCAUGGAGUUUGUCCAGAUCCACCACCUUCGACAACACGCGCUCACUCACAAGGGCAUGAAAGAAUUCAAGUGCGACGUCUGCGCCAGAGAGUUCACCCUGUCUGCCAACCUGAAGAGACACAUGUUGAUCCACGCCAGCGUGCGGCCCUUCCAGUGCCACGUCUGCUUCAAGACCUUUGUCCAGAAGCAGACCCUUAAAACGCACAUGAUUGUCCACCUGCCGGUCAAGCCUUUCAAAUGCAAGGUGUGCGGAAAGUCUUUCAACAGAAUGUACAACCUCCUCGGCCACAUGCACCUCCACGCCGGCAGCAAGCCCUUCAAGUGCCCUUACUGCACCAGCAAGUUCAACCUGAAGGGCAACCUCAGCCGACACAUGAAGGUCAAACACGGCAUCAUGGACACCUCGAUAGACGGACAAGAACCCCCCCAAGAUCCAGAGGGCCAGGAGGACUACGAGGAGGAGAGCUUUGAGUUCAGCGAGCGAGAAAACCGAGCUAACAACAACAACACACCAGACAUUGCUAAACUAUCUCAAAUGGAGUAUUACAGCACCUAUGGGAAGGGCGCAGGGCGCUUCAGCACUGCAUGAAUUAUUGAAAUGACCCCAAAUUGAAUAUAAGUGUGAACUAAUGAAAACGGGAUUUUUUUGUUUUGUUUUUGCCUUUAAAGGCAUAGUGCUUGGGUUGUUCUUCAAGCAAACUGCACAUUCAUAUGCACUGGAAUCACCCGUAAUGCUACAAGAAUUUGGAAAUGUAUACUUUUGACCUUAUUACAUAUUUUUCUUCUCUAAAAACACAGCAAAUCUACUGAUAGAUAUAUUAUAUUUGAGAUAAGUGGACUGUCUAAAACAGGAGCAUUUAGGUUAAAAAAAAAUCUAUACAAAUAUACAGAUGUUAUUUGCUUAAAGACAGGAUCAUCAUCAUCUGAGCCAAACUUAAAAAGCACAUUUUUAGCUUCAAGCUUAAAAGCAUCUGGUGGUGUUACACUGCACUUACUCAUCCAGACAAUCCCGGUCGCUCUCAGUCUGCUGGGGUAGUAAACUAAUGUGAAGGGUUAAAGAAGGGAACAGCUCAUUUCACUUGCCAAAGCUUAUCAAGUUGCAGAGGUUAAUGAUUCACUUUGAUUAUAACUGUGAUAAAUUAAAUCUGGAGGUCUGCGAAACGAGUUCCACUGGAUCUGU